AUAUGGAAAUUGACGGAUCACUGUCCCUUUUCGACUUUUCCUCAUUUCCAAAUCUCACCCACUUCAAUCUAAGUGGCAACGAUUUCUAUGGGCCUAUACCAUCUGAGAUUGACCAUGUAACAGAGCUUCAGUAUCUAAAUCUCCGCAUCAACGGUCUCUCCGGUACCAUCCCUUACCAACUGAGCAAUCUCAAAAAGGUACGGUACAUGGACCUUGGAUUAAACUAUUUUAACAAUACUGAUCAAGAUUGGUCAGAAUUUGCAGGCAUGCCCUCAUUGACCUACCUUGCUAUGUCUAUGCAACGUGAUAGUCUAUAUCAUUCAGAAUUCCCAGAAUUUAUAUCUCAAUGCCGGAACUUGACGUUCCUCGACUUGUCUCAAAAUAAAUUGAAUGGCCAAAUUCCACAUUCGAUAGGUCAACUCAGGGAGCUCCAGUACCUUGAUCUUUCAUACAACUCCUUAAACUCAUCAAUCCCUCUCACUAUAGGCCAACUCAGGAAGCUCCAGUACCUUGAUCUUUCAUACAACUCCUUAAACUCAUCAAUUCCUCUCUCUAUAGGCCAACUCAGGAAGCUCCAGUACCUUGAUCUUUCAUACAACUCCUUAAACUCAUCAAUCCCUCUCUCUAUAGGCCAACUCAGGGAGCUCCAGUACCUUGAUCUUUCAUACAACUCCUUAAACUCAUCAAUUCCUCUCUCUAUAGGCCAACUCAGGAAGCUCCAGUACCUUGAUCUUUCAUACAACUCCUUAAACUCAUCAAUCCCUCUCUCUAUAGGCCAACUCAGGGAGCUCCAGUACCUUGAUCUUUCAUACAACUCCUUAAACUCAUCAAUUCCUCUCUCUAUAGGCCAACUCAGGAAGCUCCAGUACCUUGAUCUUUCAUACAACUCCUUAAACUCAUCAAUCCCUCUCUCUAUAGGCCAACUCAGGGAGCUCCAGUACCUUGAUCUUUCAUACAACUCCUUAAACUCUUCUAUCCCUUCUGAGCUCGGUCUUUGUACAAACCUCACCCACUUGUUCCUAGCUUCCAAUCAACUCAACGGGGAACUGCCUCUGUCCUUGUCCAAUCUGAACAACCUCGUCAAAUUGAGUUUAGCUAAUAACCAUAUCUCUGGCACGAUUCCACCUUGGAUAGGCCAACUCAGGAAGCUCCAAUACCUUGAUCUUUCAAACAACUCCUUAAACUCAUCAAUCCCUCUCUCUAUAGGCCAACUCAGGAAGCUCCAGUACCUUGAUCUUUCAUACAACUCCUUAAACUCAUCAAUCCCUCUCUCUAUAGGCCAACUCAGGAAGCUCCAGUACCUUGAUCUUUCAUACAACUCCUUAAACUCAUCAAUCCCUCUCUCUAUAGGCCAACUCAGGAAGCUCCAGUACCUUGAUCUUUCAUACAACUCCUUAAACUCAUCAAUCCCUCUCUCUAUAGGCCAACUCAGGGAGCUCCAGUACCUUGAUCUUUCAUACAACUCCUUAAACUCUUCUAUCCCUUCUGAGCUCGGUCUUUGUACAAACCUCACCCACUUGUUCCUAGCUUCCAAUCAACUCAACGGGGAACUGCCUCUGUCCUUGUCCAAUCUGAACAACCUCGUCAAAUUGAGUUUAGCUAAUAACCAUAUCUCUGGCAUGAUUCCACCUUGGAUAGGCCAACUCAGGAAGCUCCAAUGCCUCAAUCUUUCAUACAACUCCUUAAACUCUUCUAUCCCUUCUGAGCUUGGUCUUUGUACAAACCUCACCCACUUGUCCUUGUCUUCCAAUAAACUCAAUGGGGAACUGCCUCUGUCCUUGUCCAAUCUGAACAACCUGGUUGAAUUGGGUUUAGAUAAUAAUCUAUUUACUGGUCAAAUCCUUCCUUCCCUGGUCUCCAAUUGGAUUCAUAUGGAAUCUUUGCAACUUCAGUCCAAUGAACUCAGUGGGAAGAUUCCGACGGAAGUUAGAAAUAUGAGCUUUCUGUUGACGCUCAAUCUAAGAAGGAACCACUUGACAGGAGUGAUCCCUCAGAUUCUAAGCAAUUUAGCUCCGCUUAAGCUGCUCGAUUUGUCACACAACCAUCUUUCGGGGCAAAUCCCAUCAUUUGUCAACAUGUUUUUUCUUCGUGAUAUUAAUUUUUCUUAUAACAACUUCACUGGCCGAAUCCCAUGCGUUUUCCAAUGGGCACCAGCAAAUGCUUUUGUUGGAAACUCUGGGUUGCAUGGGUAUGUACACCCGUGUGUAGACAGAAUACCCCCUCGGCCCAACGUACCCCCUCGGCCCAACAUAAAUUUCAAAAAGGAUAACAGAAGAGUUCUAAUUGGUAUCCUUGUGCCUGUUUGUGGUUUAUUAAUGGUUACAACUGUCAUUGGUCUUAUGUUCCGUAAAAAUUCCAGUCUCGUUUUGAACAAAGUCAACACUUCUGAAUACUUUGAGAGUUUGGAGUCAAUGAUAUUGCAAGAGGAAGUGAAGUUUACGUUUGCGGAAGUUGUGAAGGCUGUAGAUGACUUUCAUGAGAGGUACUGCAUUGGGGCAGGAGGGUUUGGAAGGGUUUACAAGGCAGAGUUGCAAUCAGGCCAAGUUGUUGCAGUUAAAAGGCUUAACAUUGCAGACUCUAAUGAUAUUCCAUCAAUCAAUCUCCAUAGCUUUCAGAAUGAAAUCCGAACUUUGACAAGCAUCCGGCAUCGGAACAUCAUAAGGCUCUAUGGCUUCUGUUCAAGAAGGGCUUGCAUAUUCCUACUUUAUGAAUACUUAGAGAGAGGAAGUCUGGGAAAAGCUUUGUAUGGAGUUGAAGGUGUUAAUGAACUCAUUUGGGCAACUAGAGUCAAAAUUGUGCAAGGACUUGCUCAUGCACUUUCUUACUUGCAUCAUGAUUGCUCUCCACCAAUUGUGCACCGUGACAUAACCGUCAACAAUGUAUUGCUUGAGUCUGAUUUCGAGGUUCGUCUCUCAGAUUUCGGAAUAGCCAGGUUAUUGAGUACUGAUUCAUCCAACUGGACAGAUAUUGCUGGUUCAUUUGGCUACAUAGCACCAGAGCUUGCAUACACUAUGCGAGUCACGGAUAAAUGUGAUGUAUAUAGCUUUGGAGUGGUGACGCUCGAAGUCAUGAUGGGAAGGCACCCAGGAGAUAUGCUAGAGUCCCAGCUACAAGAAUCAUCAAAAUCAAGGAGGGACAAUGUAGAAUUGCUCCUGAAAGAUUUGUUAGACCAAAGGUUGGAACCGCCAACCAAUGAAUCUGCAAAGGCAGUGGUGCUUGUAGUGAUAAUGGCAUUGGCCUGUAUACGAACGCGUCCUGCGUCCAGACCCACGAUGUUAUUUGUGGCACAAAAACUCUCAGCUCAAACCAUGCCUUGUCUUCCCGAACCAUUUGGUAUGUUGACAAUCAACAAGCUAAUGGCACUAUAAAAAAUAAAAUUAAAAAAAAAAAAAAAAAGACAAGGGCGAAUAGUUCAAACUUCCCUUUUGUAUUCCUGC